CCAGCAUCUCCCCAUUCAGAGCAGAGGAAGAAAUAUUCCAACUCCAACGUCAUCAUGCACGAGACCUCUCAGUACCACGUCCAGCACUUGGCCACGUUUAUCAUGGACAAGAGCGAGGCCAUCGCCUCUGUGGACGACGCCAUCCGGAAGCUGGUGCAGCUGAGCUCCAAGGAGAAGAUCUGGACCCAGGAGAUGCUCCUGCAGGUGAAUGACCAGGCGCUGCGGCUACUGGACGUGGACUCUCAGGAGGAGCUGGAGAACUUCCCGCUGCCCACCGUGCAGCACGCCCAGACGGUGCUCAACCAGCUGCGCUACCCGUCGGUGCUGCUGCUGGUGUGCCAGGACUCGGAGCAGAGCAGGCCGGACAUCCACUUCUUCCACUGCGACGAGGUGGAGCAAAUCCUCAACUGUGCCCUGGACGACAUCGAGUGGUUCGUGGCGCGGCUGCAGAAGGCGGCGGAGGCCUUCAAGCAGCUGAACCAGCGGAAGAAGGGCAAGAAGAAAGGGAAGAAGGGGCCAGCAGAGGGCGUCCUCACAUUGCGGGCCCGGCCCCCCGCGGAGGGCGAGUUUGUCGACUGUUUUCAGAAAACCAAGCUGGCCAUCAACCUGCUGCCCCCCAUCUGCCCGCCUCCGCCCGCCCCGCCUCCACGUGGGGCCCUGGCGCUCUGGGACCGGCACAGUUUCCAUUCCCGGCUGACAGCCGCAGCGGCUGUCCGCGGCGACCUCAGAACAGAACAGAGGCAGCCGGGCUACCAGCCAACGCCAGACAUGGCCAAGUACGUCAAGAUUCUGUACGACUUCACAGCGCGCAACGCCAAUGAGCUGUCCGUGCUCAAGGAUGAGGUCCUGGAGGUGCUGGAAGACGGGCGGCAGUGGUGGAAACUGCGUAGCCGCAGCGGCCAGUCGGGCUACGUGCCCUGCAACAUCCUGGACGAGGCCCGGCCUGAGGACGCCGGCGCCCCCUUCGAGCAG